GCAGCAUUUGAGACACCUAGGCAUCUUUUCCCUCUCAACAUGUGGAAGGCAGCACUCUUGACCCUGGGGUUGUUGGUGGCCCUGGUAGAGAAGGUGCGGUCGAAUGAUGCCCAUCCCGCUUUCUUUGGGGUGAAACUGUGUGGAAGAGAGUUCAUACGAGCCGUCAUCUUUACCUGCGGUGGUUCUCGCUGGAGGAGAAGUGUGGGAGACUCAGCUCUUAUUGGGGUAGAGGCCUUUGACCCAUGGAACACAAAUUCCAUCUCUCAGCUUACUGGCGAGCAGGAUCCUGCAGAGUCCCAAGUAUGGAGAGAUCAAACAUUACAUGAGGCAUCUGUGGCUCGCUCACCAAUUUCCGAGGAGGUGCUGGAAGCUCUACGGAGUGCAGAUAGGAAAGGACGGGAUGUAGUGGUCGGACUGUCCAACGCCUGCUGCAAGUGGGGCUGUAGCAAGAGUGAAAUCAGCUCUCUGUGCUGAGAGCUCCACUGUUUUCCUAUGUAGCUCCUUCAUUUCUUCACACUUAAAACUCCACAUCCCAUCCAACUCACAGGCCACG